GGAGUGCGCUCAUGUGAGGAUGAAGUGUUUUGCUGUCCACACGCUCUCACACCUUCUCCACAGGUGGACUCUCACCGUCCUGCACAUUAACAAAAACAGUUUGACGUCACCAGUGCUCCUGAUUGGACAGGAGGAGGAGCCUGUUUGCGUCUGUGUGUGUGUGUGCUCGCUUCAAAUUUGGGUUGUCUCUGCCCCACACCAGCUCACAGCGUCACACCACCUGAGCGCAGCACACAGCUCCACCAACGCUCCGUCACACGCCAGCGGAACCCGGGACCAGGAAGCCCAGGAGUCUCUCUGGGCCCCCACACGUGGACUCGCUGAUCGUGCAAACGCUACACCGGUGUCCUGACCCCUCGCGGGAAGGAAGCAGCUACAGUCCUCUAGUGCCCCCUCAUGUCAGUAGAGACCCUCCGGCCAUCGUGUGGGCGAAUGGCGGGGGUUCCCAGCCCCUCUGUCCCACCGUUGCGCCUGCGCUCCAAGGGACCCCACUUUUUUCGGCGGACAGAGGCUCCCGCGGAGGGGCGGCCCAGCGCCGUGGAGCGCCUGGAGGCGGACAAAGCCAAGUAUGUGAAGAGCCAGCAGGUAAUGCAGAGCAAGCAGGAGCCCGUGUGCAUGCCGGCGACACCGCCGCGCCACCCGGCCAGGCCCACGCCUCUCCAGAAGACGUCCGCCCACUCUGCCCUGAGCCAAGGCCGAAGCCUGACCUCACCUGUCCAGCCCUUGACCGCACCCACCAGCCCUCAGAACUCAGCAGCCCAGGCCAUCGGCCCACCCAGAACAAUGACCGCACGCCUCCGAUCUGUAGCCACUCCCCUUGACCCUCAUGCCACACCCACACGGACCUCCAUCCAGCAAGUUCGUGCCCUGAGCAUUUCCUCUCCUUCCUUGGUCCCGCCGAGCACCCCCAUGACGCUGGCUGUUAGUACCUCGACUGGCCCCAGGCCUCUGGCCCCGCCCACAGUGCCACACCCCACUGCCCGCAAGACCCAGCGCCCGGAGGCCUGCGGCGUCACGCCACUCAACCUGGAGACCCUCACCAACCUCAUCAACGUGUCUGAUGCCCCCCUCCCUUCCAGCGCCUCAGCCCCACCUCCCAAACUCCAUCACGGCAUCGCCCGAAGCAGCGGGGCGGCCUCCCAGCCUUCCUGUUCUCUGCAAAGCCCCCCCGGCGUGGCCGUGCGCAGGGUGGACGUGAGACCCCACGCGACGCAGGGCUCCCCCCUCAGGGCUCAGCUGCAGCUGCGCCUGCUGCAGCGACCGCAGCCGCGGCUUCCUUCGGUUCAGUCUCCGCCACCCCCCGGCUCGCCAGCCUCCACCUGCUCCCUGCAGCGCUCCAAGUCAGACUUGAGUGACCGGCUGUCCCGGGCGCCGGCCGACCUCGAGCGCUUCUUCAACUACUGCGGCUUGGACCCCGGCGAGGUGGAGGGUCUCACCUGGGCCGGCUCCGACAUCACCUCGCUCUCGAGGCUGCGCAGCGCCAGCGCUCCGGGGUCGGAACACGGCGGUCGGUCGCAGGCCAGCGACCGGGACCUGGAUGAGGUGGAGCCGCCCACAGGACGCGCCCCUUACGGUGUGUCCGUCAUCGAGAGGAACGCCCGCGUCAUCAAGUGGCUCUAUGGGCUGCGCCAGGCCUGGGGUAUAUAGCUGGGGGUCGCUGGAGUCGCCGGGGUCGCCAAGGAGGUGGCUGCACUUUGACAACUCGGAAGCAUCUAAACGGUCGGGUUGCACGGAAGAAGCGGUGAAGGAGAGCCGCUAGGACACUCGGGUACCAAAACGACAGACUUUCAGGCCACCUGACGGUGCUGGCGAACUAACCGUGAUUCACCAGUGUGUGUCUGUGGCUGAAAAGUGUAAAAUCAUUGUAAAAACUGCAGGGAACUGUUGAGUUGCUGUGAAUGCUGAGUUGCUCCCUUGUCUUUCUGCUUCCUCACUUGACUUCACUGAUAAUCAUCAUUGCAGUAAAGUCCAUGGAGGGGGUGGAACUCCCUAGAUCAUUUUCUUGUUUUCUUCUGCCAGUGUGUCACUCUACCUGUGUGUGCAGCUCUUCCAGGCCCACAGUGGGCUUGUCUCUGUGUGCCAUGGUGGGGGGUGGGGGUCUCUAGGCUGCGCCCAGGCUCCAGUGUCUCAGACAAACAUAGCACGACUUGGUGGAAACUGUGCAUGAUGGGAAGUUACAGGGCGUGGACUGUAAACUGAGGAGACCCUGGAAAAAGUGUGACUGGCCUCAGUCAGGUGUCACCGUGGAAACAUGGCACUCACUGACUGGGUUCACUGGUGAGCCACGGGUUCGAAUCACUGCGCCCUCAGGCCAGGGGAGGGCUGAGUCAUCACUGAGUCACCCGUGAGUCACCUGAUAGAGCGAUUCAGGGCGGGUAUGGAGGUGCACUGGGAGUCCUCAGUGAAAUAAAGUGUUUUACACUGCAAGUGUCACCCCCACCCUCCUCUGCCACCCCAACACACUGGGGUCACUGAGUGUGUUGUACUUCACUGUGUUUCACUGAACGAAAUGUGUCACAUGGCACUCAAACCCAUGUGUCGUAUUUCCGCCAUGGAGCUGUAAGGUGUGAACAUGGUUCGCGGUUGGUCUUAAGUGUACAGGUGCAACAAUAACUCCUGUCCAUAAAAGUGUGCGUGUGUGUGU